AGGAUUGUGUACACUGCGCAUGUGCAAGGUGGGUAGAGUCGUCCAACGCGGCAUUUCCGGGAGACUGGGUGACGUGUGAAGACCGGAGAAAGAAGGAGAGUGGGAUCUGAGGAAAUGUUGACCAAGUUUGAGACCAAGUCUGCCCGUGUGAAAGGGCUGAGCUUCCAUCCCAAGAGGCCAUGGGUCCUUACCAGCCUUCACAAUGGUGUGAUCCAACUGUGGGAUUACCGCAUGUGCACUCUCAUAGACAAAUUUGAUGAGCAUGAUGGUCCAGUGCGUGGCAUUGAUUUUCACAAGCAGCAGCCACUUUUUGUCUCUGGAGGUGAUGACUACAAAAUCAAGGUGUGGAAUUAUAAACUCAGACGCUGUCUCUUCACCCUGCUUGGACAUUUGGAUUAUAUUCGCACAACUUUUUUCCAUCAUGAAUACCCUUGGAUUCUGAGUGCAUCUGAUGAUCAAACCAUACGCAUCUGGAAUUGGCAGUCCCGUACCUGUGUUUGUGUCCUUACCGGUCACAACCACUAUGUGAUGUGCGCUCAGUUUCACCCUUCAGAGGAUUUGGUGGUAUCGGCUAGCUUGGACCAGACUGUGCGCGUUUGGGAUAUUUCUGGCCUUAGAAAGAAAAAUCUUUCUCCUGGAGCAGUAGAAUCUGAUGUUCGUGGCCUCUCGGGGGUCGAUUUGUUCGGCACCACAGAUGCUGUGGUGAAACACGUUUUAGAGGGUCACGAUCGGGGUGUGAACUGGGCUGCAUUUCAUCCCACAAUGCCACUUAUUGUAUCGGGGGCUGAUGACAGACAGGUCAAAAUCUGGAGAAUGAACGAAGUUGCCUUGUCAAGUCCAGACCAGUUCCCAGUAGACAUCACUAGAGAGUCCAAAGCCUGGGAAGUAGAUACUUGCCGUGGGCAUUACAACAAUGUCUCAUGUGCUGUGUUUCAUCCCCGCCAAGAGCUGAUCCUAAGUAAUUCUGAGGACAAGAGCAUCCGAGUCUGGGAUAUGUCUAAACGGACCGGCGUCCAAACCUUUAGAAGAGAUCACGAUCGAUUCUGGGUGCUGGCUGCUCAUCCCAACCUCAAUCUCUUUGCAGCAGGCCAUGAUGGAGGUAUGAUAGUAUUUAAGCUGGAGCGAGAACGUCCUGCCUACGCAGUGCAUGGGAACAUCCUGUAUUAUGUGAAAGAUCGAUUCCUGCGCCAGCUGGACUUCAACAGUUCCAAGGAUGUGGCAGUUAUGCAGCUGAGAAGUGGUUCCAAAUUCCCUGUAUUCAAUAUGUCAUACAAUCCUGCUGAGAAUGCUGUCCUCCUUUGCACGAGAGCAAGUAAUUUGGAAAAUAGCACCUAUGAUCUGUACACUAUUCCCAAGGAUUCAGACUCCCAGAAUCCCGACGCUCCUGAAGGAAAGCGCUCCUCUGGACUGACUGCAGUGUGGGUGGCAAGAAAUAGGUUUGCAGUUCUGGAUCGCAUGCAUUCUAUUCUCAUCAAGAAUCUGAAGAACGAGAUUACCAAAAAAGUCCAAGUUCCUAAUUGUGAUGAGAUUUUUUAUGCUGGGACUGGAAAUUUGCUGCUCCGCGACUCUGACUCCAUCACCCUUUUUGAUGUCCAGCAAAAACGCACUCUGGCAUCGGUGAAAAUCUCCAAAGUGAAGUAUGUCAUAUGGUCAUCGGAUAUGUCUCAUGUGGCCCUUCUGGCCAAGCAUGCCAUCAUGAUCUGCAACAGGAAACUGGAGUCUCUCUGCAACAUCCAUGAGAACAUCCGUGUGAAGAGUGGAGCCUGGGAUGAAAGUGGUGUGUUCAUCUACACCACCAGCAACCACAUCAAAUAUGCUCUCACUACUGGAGAUCAUGGUAUCAUCCGAACCCUUGAUCUUCCUAUUUACAUCACACGUGUGAAAGGAAACAAUGUUUACUGCUUAGACCGGGAAUGUCGUCCAAGAGUCCUCACAAUUGACCCUACUGAGUUCAAAUUCAAGCUUGCACUAAUCAACAGAAAGUAUGAUGAGGUACUUCAUAUGGUGAGGAACGCUAAGCUUGUGGGGCAGUCCAUUAUUGCCUAUCUUCAGAAGAAGGGAUACCCUGAAGUGGCUCUGCAUUUUGUCAAAGAUGAGAAGACUCGCUUUAGCCUUGCUCUGGAAUGUGGAAACAUUGAGAUUGCCUUGGAAGCCGCAAAAGCCCUAGAUGACAAAAAUUGCUGGGAGAAAUUGGGAGAGGUUGCCUUGCUGCAGGGGAACCAUCAAAUUGUGGAAAUGUGCUACCAACGAACAAAGAACUUUGAUAAACUCUCCUUCCUGUAUCUCAUCACCGGGAACCUGGAAAAGCUGCGCAAAAUGAUGAAGAUUGCUGAGAUCCGUAAGGAUAUGAGUGGACAAUACCAGAAUGCCUUGUACCUAGGGGACGUAGAUGAGAGAGUGCGCAUUCUGAAGAACUGUGGGCAAAAGUCUUUGGCAUAUCUCACUGCUGCCACUCAUGGGGUGAACGAAGAAGAAGAAUCUUUGAAAGAGACGUUUGACCCAGAAAAGGAAAUAAUUCCCGAAGUUGAUCCUGAUGCAAAACUGCUUCAGCCCCCUCCUCCCAUCAUGCCACUGGACACCAACUGGCCAUUGUUGACCAUGUCUAAAGGCUUCUUUGAAGGAACCAUUACAAGCAAAGGUAAAGCUGGAGCAUUGGCAGCAGAUAUUGAUAUGGACACUGUGGGUGGUGAAGAUUGGGGCGAAGAUGCAGAGCUACAGCUUGAUGAAGAUGGUUUUGUGGAUGCUGGAGAAGCCUUUGGCGAUGAGGCACCUGGGAAAGCAUCUGAAGAAGGUGGUGGAUGGGAUGUGGAAGAGGAUUUGGAACUUCCUCCUGAGCUGGACAUCUCUUCUGGUCCAUCUGGUGCAGGUGAAGAAGGAUUUUUUGUGCCACCAACAAAGGGUAGCAGCCCGGCUCAGACUUGGUGCAAUAACUCCCAGUUGCCUGUUGAUCAUAUAUUGGCUGGAUCCUUUGAAACUGCAAUGCGACUCCUUCAUGACCAAGUGGGGGUUGUUAAUUUUGCUCCAUACAAGCAGCACUUUUUGCACACGUUCUCCCGUGGUCGCAGCACCUACCAGGCUCUUCCUGGUCUCCCUUCCAUGCAUGGCUAUCCUCAGCGUAACUGGAAGGAUGCAGGAAUAAAGAAUGGUCUGCCGGCAGUUGGCUUAAAGCUCAGUGACCUCAUUCAACGUUUACAGCUAUGCUAUCAGCUCACCACAUCUGGAAAAUUUGAGGAGGCAGUGGAGAAGUUCCGCCUAAUUCUGCUCAGCAUUCCUCUUCUGGUUGUGGAUAACAAACAGGAGGUUUCAGAGGCCCAGCAGCUUAUUGCCAUCUGUCGAGCAUAUAUUGUGGGACUCUCCAUGGAAAUAGAACGUAAAAAGCUUCCCAAAGACACCCUGGAACAACAGAAGCGCGUGUGUGAGAUGGCAGCUUAUUUCACCCAUUCCAAUCUCCAGCCAGUGCACAUGAUCCUAGUGCUAAGAACAGCUGUCAAUCUUUUCUUCAAACUUAAGAACUUUAAGACUGCUGCUAAUUUUGCCCGUCGGCUCCUGGAGUUGGGACCCAAGCCUGAAGUGGCUCAACAGACUCGCAAGAUUUUAUCAGCCUGUGAGAAGAACCUUGUAGACAGCCACCAGCUUAAUUAUGACAUGCACAACCCCUUCGACAUAUGUGCCGCUUCCUACAAACCUAUCUAUCGUGGGAAACCUGUAGAGAAAUGCCCCCUCAGUGGUGCUUGUUAUUGCCCUGAGUUCAAGGGGCAGAUAUGCAGAGUCACAACGGUGACAGAAAUUGGCAAGGAUGUGAUUGGUCUGAGAAUUAGCCCCUUGCAGUUCCGUUAGGACACCUGUUUCAUCAUCCUCACUUUUCCCUUGAACAGUUAAAUGUAGAAUGCAUAACAUGUGUUGCUUGCAACAUGGUUAACCUUUCCUUAUAUAUGUGAUGUGCACUGGUAACAUGAUUAACUAUGACGGUAAUGAAAGAGCACUCUUCUGAACAUGCACAGACGUGACUAAUUAUUUCCUGAAAUAAAGCUGUACCAUAACUAAAA